UACGGCCUGAAAUGAAAACAAAUGCGAUAACUGUUCUGAUGCUCUGAGUUGGACUAUUAUUUCUCCGUGAGAUAUUUAGAUUCGUUAUCCCGAAACCUGACUUUUUCGUUACAAACAUUGUCGCCGCAGAUAUCACAACAUAAGACAAUGGCCACUACCAACAGUACCCCAGUCCGCCGUCGGAGUAGUGACGGAUUGAUGGACACUGCGGACAAUUUAGUGGACAGACUGGACGAGCUUGCAGACAUCCUGACCUCAGUCGAGGCCGAGUACGUCAAGGUACGUACUCCGCAGAUGGAAGACGAGGAAUUCGAUAACCGACAGAUCAACCAGACACCUCCAAACCCUCACGCCAGACCAAACAACAGCUUCAAACGACUAAAAGAAGGGCUGGAAUCAGCAAGGGCUCUCAUUGCGUGUCUGAAGCGGGAAAAAUGGCGAUUAAGCAGACGUAAACAAAGCGUAGAAAUGAGAAUGGGUGAACUGGAGGAUUAUAAAAGCCAUUUAAAGCAAGAUAUGUCCUCUUUAAAUGAAACUGUGGAUAUAUUAAGCAUGCGUGUGGUUGACUUGGAAAACGAACUUUGCGAAGCCCAGGAACGACAGGAAAGCCUGGAGUGUGAAAAUGAACAGUUAGCUGCCAGACUUAAUGUUGCCGAAUUUAACUGCAGAGAGUUCGAAUCCCACAAAAAUGACCUACAAGAGGAACUACAAAACGUAAGAAUGCUGAGGACUGAUUCGUGUCUGCGACAGGAGAAUGAAGAGAUCAAAUCCGAAAAGGAAAUUCUGCAAGAGGAGAACCACCAUCUCAAGGAGAUGAUCAGACAAUUGGAGGAAGAGUCAAAGCCUCAGAGCCAAGAUGGUGGAGCCUUCAUGGGACAGACUGAGAAAACACCUGAAGAGAAAGAUCUUACUAAAGGAAUGGAACAGUUAAAUAUGGACACUCCCACUUUGGUUUAACUUCAAUGGUACAUUAGACUGAGCUGUUUUGUUACUAUAAGCAGAGCUCAGCUGAAAAUGGUGAAUUUAUAGACAUCGAUACCGGUCGUAUUGGAGGGUUUGAGAUAACUUCUGAUAAGAGAUCGUUGUGCCGAGAUGUGACUGGAAGGUAUUACGUAUUUCACUGCGGCCUAGUCGAAUACUAGUAAUACAUUUGACUGAAGUACCGAUCAGACAUCGCAGGGUUCCUACUGAGGCUAGAAUUGGUAUCCCACGGGCACUGGAUAAUGUUUUCUUGCAUAAAGCACUUACAUAGAGUUUGCCCUCUGUGAGGAACUUGUUUUUCGUGAAUGUUCCAUACAUUAACGCAUUAAACUGCGAUGAAAUUAACGUAUGUAAAUUUUACCAUUGGAAGUUCUUUUAAUUGUCAAGUAAAGCGUCACUACUUUGUAACGUCUUCGUUGUUGACAAAUCCAAUAAUCUCGACGCAAAGUUUGAAGAGUUCAUUUAGUCACUUGUUCCUCAUAUUACUCGGCAUAGGUUACCUGUGUGUGAGAUUACGUCAUCAAUGUACAGAAUUAUUGUUUAAGUUUCCGCCAUGAUACGUCCAUGAUCAAGUGUUUUAGUUUCCGCCAUGAUACGUCCAGUCCUCCGUAUUGACACUAGGGGCAUUUAGACGUAGUAGCGAUGUGUAACGUGUUCAACAUUUUACAUAAGAUACCAUUUAUCUUAUAUAUUAUAUGAGCUAAUUUAUUGGAGAUAUUUUAAUAGUCGCGUUAAAUACACUAUUAGCUUGGCUUGUCACAUGCUUUACUUACAAUCUACAUUGGUGUCAGUUAUUGUAUAAUAUAUUUGUGUUCUGAUGAAAUAAAAUAUUGUUCAAACUCAUA